ACAUUGGAUUUGUAGCAAAAACAGUUACAACGGUCAUGCUGGUCGUGAUCGUGUGUACAAAAAAUAAUUUAAAAUUGUGGUGGUGUAGUGUUUUAGUUAAAAUGGAGGCUAAUAAAGAGAAUGUGCAUAGACUAAAAGCAAUUACAAGAAUACCUUUGCCUAUUGAACCACUCCCUGCACUGCCAAAACAUUUAGUCGAAAGUAAGAGGACAAAUUCAAAGAAAGUGAUCCAGAACGAAAGACAUCCUUUGAAAACUAUCAACAAUGAUAAACACCCGCAAUUGUCAUUACCAGGAACCAGCAAACCUGUGAAUAUGAUUGUAAAACAAAAGAAUAUGUUAAAACUUGAUACGAGGUUCGUUACAGUACGACCAAAGGAAGACGUGCAAUGGUCUUACAACGUCUUUAAAGACGAUAAGAAAAGAGAUAGUAUUAUUUUGAUUAGUGAUGAUGAAAAUGAAGAAUGUGUUGUGAUAAAUGUGGAUAAGAAACAAAGGACUAGCGACGCGCGAACAGCGGAGACUCCUGCUUUAAAAUCCACAUUGGAGCCGAAUAGAGUGAAGAAUAUUAAGAGAAGUUUGAAGAGACCACAUAGUAGGGAGUUGCAAGGGUUAUCACCGGUAAGCAAAGAGCCAAAAAAAGGGGAUGAAAAGGUACGACGGCGAUUGUCUUUCACUGAGACGAUCCAGGACAAAUUGAUGUCACCAGAUUUCUGGAAGAAGGCGUACAUGAAAUGUCUAUGCCGGGAGUACACUGAGGACAUGUUCCACCAUCUGCUGAGCUCGGAGAAAAAGAUCCAAAUCCCCAAGAUAUCUAGCACCAUGCGCGCAUGCGUCGUCAACUGGCUUAUGAAGAUCAAUGGCCCCAACGGCAACCCAGCGAUAGUGCAAACAGCCAGCUGGUAUCUGAACUCUGUGCUGUCCAACAGGCAAGUCCCGAUAGACCAGUUGCAGCUAGUCGCUGCCGCUUGCUACUGGAUAGCUCACAAGCUGCAAGGACCUGGCUUGCACGCGCAGAGGCUGGUCAAGUACUCGAACCACGCGUUCACAACCAGAUCGCUGCUGUAUGCGGAGAAAGCCGUGUUGGAGAGAUUGAAGUACCCUCGCCACCCCAUCGUGCCUCAAGACUUCAUCACCUACCUAUCCUGGUGGUGUGACAGCAAUCACCCGGGGGAGAUCGAAGUUGGCGCCACUUUCCUGUGCAUGUGCGGUGUCAUGGCGGACAAGCAACUAUCCAGUGAAUACCCCUCAGUGAUCGCUGCGGCGGCUGUGAAGAAUGCCCUGCUGUUGCUAAGGAAGGUUGAGCUGAUACCGCGAUUGCAGAAUUGCCCCGUGUUUAAAACAGCUGAAAGUAAAGCAGAGAGCCUAUCCCAAACAUGCUCCUUGCUCCGCCGCGCCGCCCGCGCCAUUGCCUCAGUCGGGUACGAAUACAGAGCCCCAUUUGAACAGUAUGGAGUACCUCCCCAUUACAUCGCUCACAGAAUACUAAACGCAGCCACCGAAUCGACCAUAUAUGAUGCGAGGAAUACCGCUAAUCUCCAUUAAUUCUAAAUUUAAAUUUGGCUGAAUUGUUUUACUUUUAAUUUUAGAUCAAUCUGUGACUGGAAUUUUAAAUGUAACUGGCUAGUGAUUGGAUAUAAUUAGGUAAGUAUAUAUCAUUGUAUAAAAUAAAUAGAUGAUUUUUUUUACACUUAACAUGAAAUACCUCGUAGAAUUAACAUAAAUUAUUUUAUUAUUUGAUGUUGUUCAACAUUAUAAUAGAAUAUAUGUUGAUAAACAUCUAUUAGAGACAGACAUUGAUUUUUUUUAUUUGAGGGUUAACUUUGUAAGAAUUAAUGUAUUACUUUCUUUACUAAUUUGACUUAGUGAGACUAUAAUACCUAUAACUAUUACGCAUUAUCUCAUUGUGUUGACUAAACAAGACUGAUUUAUUAAACUUUUUAAAAACUUGUAAGACUUUUUAAAUAUAAAACUUUUUCUCAAUGAUAAAUGAAUUAGAUUUUAAAUGUAUUACUGAAACAAUUGUAAGUAAUCGGAAAUGACGGUAUAGGAAAAAUUAAAUUGUGAUCAAAAUAAAUAAAAAAAAACAAA